GUUUCAUACUCCACCAUCUGACCCCCAUUUUUUCAAAGUUUCGUUCUCUACACACGAUAAGAGAAGAGGGGAGUUCCUUCCACCGUUCAGUCCAGACACGACUAGUAAUUUACUUAAUAGUCCCCUCUAAAUCUUUCAAACCCAUAAUUUCAUUUUCGAGAAAUGGGUAUUAAAGAUCGUAAAGCAGCUCUUGUGAGAUGGUUGCCGCCCCUCUUGCUAUUGGGGUUGUGGCAAUUGUCCACCAUACCCUGUGUCAAAGCGACGUCGUCUACACCCAGGUACAAGAAUGCAUACGCGACGAUGAUGUACGUGGGAACACCGAGGGACUACGAGUUCUACAUCGCGGUUCGCGUCCUCCUCAAAUCCCUUUCCAAACUAAACGUUGAAGCAGAUCUCGUCGUCAUUGCUUCCCUCGAUGUCCCUCUCCGAUGGAUUCGAGCUCUGGAAGAGGAAGAUGGUGCGAAAGUGGUGAGGGUGGAAAACAUGGACAAUCCCUACAAGCAUCAAGAUAAUUUUGACAAGAGAUUUAAGUUAUCGUUGAACAAACUGUAUGCGUGGAACUUAGUGGACUAUGACAGGGUAGUCAUGUUGGACGCUGACAACCUCUUCCUUCAAAACACGGAUGAGUUGUUUCAAUGUGGACAAUUCUGUGCUGUCUUCAUCAAUCCUUGCGUCUUCCAUACGGGCCUCUUCGUGCUCCAGCCAUCAACGAUCGUGUUCAAGGACAUGGUUCAUGAAUUACAGAAUGGGAGAGAAAAUCCAGAUGGUGCAGAUCAGGGUUUUAUAGCUAGCUACUUCCCCGAGUUGCUUGAUAAGCCAAUGUUUCAUCCACCUCCAAAUGACACCAAGCUUGAUGGAACAUAUAGGCUUCCUUUAGGUUAUCAGAUGGAUGCUUCUUACUACUAUCUUAAACUUCGCUGGAGCAUACCCUGUGGACCAAAUAGUGUGAUCACAUUCCCAGGGGCACCAUGGUUGAAGCCAUGGUAUUGGUGGUCGUGGCCUGUCCUGCCAUUAGGCCUCCAGUGGCAUGAACAUCGUCGUCAAACUUUGGGGUAUGGUGCCGAGAUGGCUGUGAUACUCUUCCAAUCUGCAAUAUUUCUGGGAAUAAUAGCAAUGACGCGUUUGGCAAGGCCAAGCCUAUCAAAGCUGUGUUAUAGGCGCUCUGAUAAGAGCAUCAACCUGGUGCAUAACAGCCUCAAAUUAGUAGCUUUGUGGUGCAUCCUUGCUGCAUACACAACACCGUUCUUUAUCAUUCCUCACACGGUUCACCCUCUACUGGGCUGGAUCAUGUAUUUGCUUGGUACUUUUGCACUUUGCUCAAUUGCAAUUAAUGUCUUUCUGCUACCAAUGUUACCAGUUUUGGUACCGUUGCUUGGGAUUUUUGGGGUCCUGAUGGUAAUGGCAUUUCCUUGGUAUCCGGAUGGGGUAGUAAGAGCACUCUCUGUCUUUGUUUAUGCCUUCUGUUCUGCACCAUUUUUAUGGGCAUCUAUGGUGAGGAUAGUGGCAGGUCUUCAGCUAUCUCUAGAAAAGGAAGCUUUUCUGCCUAGAUUGGGAGAAUGUUUGCCACAUUCUUGGUUUAACAAGUUAUGUUGAGCUGUCCAAUCGAGUAUAGUUCAAUGCUGGGACAAAGAAGGACCAAACCAAAUUUAUAAGGGUAGGUAUAAUAUAUUAAUACCCCACGUACAGUGCUCAGGACUGAGAUAGGGUUGUUCUCACUUCACUUGUUUGUGUUGGUGAAGAGAUAUUUUGCAACAUCAAGCCGUCAAAGCUGAAAUCAAGAGAUGGCUCCUACAAGGAUAUGAGAUUGUUUGCUACUAGUCACCUAUUUGUAUCGUUUGUGUAAUUGGUUACGGUAUUUAUUUAUUUUUUUGUAAAAUUACCAAGAACUGAGAUAACAGAAUAGAGUUCAUUAGACAUUU